AUGGAUCAACUUCAGACCAACCAGUAUGGGCUACCUUCGCACUUUUUAAUCCACCCCGAGCUUCAGUACUUCCUCAUGCCUGUUCAGACCUAUUUAAGGGAGAACUUUCCACAAUGUACUGAGUUAAUUCUCCAAGUUGCUGCGUUUAAUGGCAGCGACAGAGUCCUGAUGGAACGGGAUCCCGUGAGCGGAACGUGGUGUCUUCCCGCCGAGAGGUAUGAUGGGCGAUGGAGCUCAAUGUUGCAUUUCGCCGUCUAUAUCGUGAGAGUUCGUUCGGGCUUCGUAGUCGAGAACGUGGACCGUCUACUAUCAAUCGCGUUAGAUUGGAUUGACGAAGAAACCCAAAGCCUAAGGGUGGUGCUGACAUUCGCCGUAAAUGUCUAUUUUGGUGAUAACAUAACACUGAAUCCUUGCAAUAUGUGGGCAAGCGAGGAGGACGUGGAAGAUUUGCAAGAACUACCUGAAGUCCGGAUCCAUCCGGAAUUCUUGAGGGGACUUCUUUUAAAGACUUACAGAUGGAGGAACGAGAACCUGAUGCGAUUCAGAUUGCCGUACCCUAAAGUUCCGACUUUUCCAGAACGCUCCCAAGUUACGCAUGGCGGAACUACAAUAGGUUAG